GAUAUAUUCGAGCUCGAAGCAACCCGCUCGUUUCUUACUGAGAUAUGUUCGCAACACGAUAGUAUCGUUCGCUUAUGUUUUCGUUGUGACUUUUCUAAUAGUUUCUGUGUAGAAAUAACACCUUGUUAACGGCAAAGAAUGACAGACGGUACGGGGAACGAUGAUACGACCGCUUUCAACACGAUAUCGGACUCGCCCAAGGUGGAAACGUAUACAGCUGGUCCUCUAGUUUUAUAUUCAACGGCGCAGGCAUGGGCAGCUCAGUUCCAUCGCAGUCUUACAAGUACCAGAAUAUCGGAGUCUUCGGAUGACGAAGACUUUUCCCAAUAUCAAUUCGAGGAUGACCUCGAGUACCUGAGGUCCUUGGAUCCAAAGGAGUGGAAAGAUCAAGACCAUUACGCUGUCCUAGGCUUGAAAAAGCUCAGGCACAAAGCAACCGAAGAUAUUAUAAAAAGGGCUUAUAAGCAGAAAAUCCUCAAACAUCAUCCCGACAAACGGAAGGCGAUGGGCGAGGAAAUCCGGCCGGACGACGAUUAUUUCACCUGUAUUACGCGGGCCUGGGAAACCCUGGGUACCACCGUGAAGAGGCGGAGUUACGACAGCGUAGAUCCUUAUUUUAACGACGAUUUGCCGGAUGAGAAAGACUGUAAAAACAAUUUUUAUAUAGUAAUGGGUAAGGCAUUUAAAGAGAAUGCCAGGUGGUCCGUGAAAAAGCCUGUGCCGCGAUUGGGUGGACCCGACACGCCCCGAGACAAAGUCGAAAAGUUCUACUCGUUCUGGUAUGACUUUGAUUCGUGGCGCGAAUACUCUUACCUGGACGAGGAGGACAAAGAAAGCGGACAGGACCGAGACAUGCGCAAGUGGAUCGAGAAGAAGAACAAAGCCACGCGCGCAAAGCGGAAGAAAGAAGAGAUGGCGCGUAUACGUAGCCUCGUCGACAUGGCUUAUAACAUAGAUCCCAGAAUAAAGAAGUUCCAGCAGGAAGAGAAAAACAAGAAGACGGCGGCGAAGAAGGCAAAGCAAGAGGCUGCGAAAGCGCGACAGCAGGAGGAGGAAAGGAUAGCGAGAGACCUAGCCGAGAAGGAGAGAGUAGAAAGGGAAAAGCGGGAAAUCGAAGAGAAAGCAAAAUUGGACGCGUUGAAGCAAGAAAGGGAGGCGCAGAAGAAGGCCCUCCGUAAGGAACGAAAAGCUCUAAGGGAUCUCUGCAAGGCUAACAACUAUUUUGCUGAGAAUUCAGCGGAAAGCAUCAGGCACAUGGAGAGCGUAGAAAAGAUUUGCGAGCUCUUCAAGCUCGUACAGUUGGAGGACACUAUGAAGAAGUUACAGGCUGAAGGCAGAACCGCGUUCCUCGAAAUCGUGGAGGAAACCGAGAAGAAAAUAGAGGCUGAACGCAGGAUCGGUGUUAUUUCCAACGACACUCGUAACACCCCCGAAAAACAAGUGAAGAGUCAGGCAGCCCCGUGGAACGAGAACGAUAUACAGCUUUUGAUCAAAGCUGUGAACUUGUUCCCAGCGGGAACUAAUCAACGAUGGGAGGUAGUCGCCAAUUUCAUUAAUCAACAUAGCAGCUCUUCCGCCGGUGUGACACGCGACGCGAAGGAGGUUCUCGCUAAGGCUAAAGAUUUGCAAUCGACGGACUUCAGCAAGUCUAGCCUGAAAGAACAAGCGAACAAGAAAGCCUUCGAUAAUUUCAUCGCGGAGAAAAAAGCCAAAGAGUCCGUCGAGGAUCGAAUGCCCGCUGUCACAGAGCGUUUAGAUCAUAUUCCGAACGGCGUCACCCCUGAGCAAAGAGACGCGAAAAAGGAGCCUCAGCCAUGGACACCCGCUGAACAGAAGCUUCUAGAGCAAGCUCUGAAGACUUAUCCCACGACCGUGCCUGACAGAUGGGAUCAAAUCGCAGCGUGCAUACCGACUAGGACGAAAAAGGAGUGCAUGAGGAGGUAUAAGGAGCUGGUGGAGCUGGUCAAGGCGAAAAAGGCGGCGCAAGUGAUGAAAUAAUAUCAAUCUUUGUUUGAGAAAUCUUUUUCUAACUUAUUUCAACUCGAAAUUCAGACGACUCCGCGAAUCAUUUCGAGUAGAGAAACGUUCAUUGAGUUUGGAAGACGGAUGAAUUUCAGCUUUCACCGGAAUGCCAGCUAUUGUAUAUACUUGUGCCUUGCUUUAGUUUGUACGUGCACAGUUUGUAACAGGCUAGGAAUCUUCUGCUACUUACACGCGUUGAAACAAUCGCUGCGCACCAACUGUACAUUCAUGGCAAUCGUUAAUCGCAUGGAAGAAAAUCAUGUUUUCCCCUCCGAGAACCUUGUCAAUAUUUCUGGAAAUACAUUUCUUUUUAUUAA